UUUUGCGAUUUCUCGUUAUUUCACAAUCAGCUCAACAGUAUACACUGAUCCCACGCUGGCAAGGAACAAGCGUAGGAAAGUAGAUCGUUUUCCUGAGCAGAAGCAGGAUUCGAAACCUGCCGUUACAUCAUCCCAUCUGCCCAUGUCCAUUGACAAGACUACGAGACAGUGGUCCUCUACUGACUCAGCUCCGGACAUCACAGUCUCUAAUUUGGAAGCAAGUGAGGACGGAUCUGCCGAAACCCUACAAAUCCGAGGACGGCCUACCACAAGAAAUCGAUCCAAAUUAGACAAAGCAAAAAGAACCAAGUCGAAUCCAGGUACAGAAGAACAGGACUCAUUAUCAAAUACGAUAACGAACCGACGGACAUCUUCCAACACCUCGAAAAAUGCCGGAAAUAAUAUCAAAGAGCAUAAUUCAACACCUAUAAAGAUACAUACAUUUGUCAGUCAUGACGAAGACAACAUGAUGUUCAAAGUCGACUUGGACGGUAAUGGGUGUUUGGCGGCCAUUUGCUAUCUUCCAACUCGAUUCCGCGGUAUCAUAGAGUUUUACCAUACAGAAAUACCCACGGAAUACCGAUCGGCAGGUGUUGGAGACCUUUUGACCGCUAGCGCUUUUCAGUGGGCUGAAGCCAAUGGAUUUCUCGUUUUACCGACAUGUCCGUUCAUACAGCGACAUUUAAAGCAGCGAUUUCCUAACGAUGAAGGUCGAUGGACUUGUAUUGUGCGAAAUGAACAAGAGGCGUUGGAUCGUAUUGGUAAUAUCCAUGCGAAGCCGUCGUCGUCCAAAGAUUUCUAGUCCUUUUCGCUCUGUAAUUUACUGUGUUUCCGGAGUUAAAACAGCAACUCUCCCCUCCCAUUAGUCUUUCACUUUCAUAAUUGGCUUCGACUGGUGGCGAUUUCCCUGUAUAUUUAUAAAUUUUCUAUGUUUUUGGAAAGGAAAUCAAAGAAAUUUGUUUCACCUAAGUUUACUUUUUGUGAAUGAUGUUGCAUUGAAACAGUUCUGUUGCAAUGGGACUACCCAUACUGGGCAGCUGCUAGCUGUGUUACAAGCUCAGUUGUCGGUAAAAAAGUCAUUUCUUUAACAACAAGUAGAUUGUUAUCCACUCCGAUUCAAAACAAUAAUAAAAUUGUGGCAUUCAGUGGAGGUGAUGUAAUAGUCACUAAUGCCCCCCUCC